GUUAAGUUUCAUUUUCCUGUUCUGGAACAUCAUCUGCUAUCUAGUCGGCGACAGAGAUUAUAAUUACAAAAUGGAAGAAGGAAGAACUAGCCCGAAGAAAAGAAAGAGAGUCACGGAUGAUAAAGAUGACAAGAACCUCUGGCGUGUAAAAUGUGGAGACAAAAAGGGUUGGAUGGAUGUAGAGAAGUUGAGAAAAGGUAAGGAUUGUAUUGAGUUUGAAGGCUCCUUUUACAGUCCACCUGAGUUUGAGAAGCUUGCAGGAAAAGAUUCAUGUAGAAAAUGGAAGUCAUCUAUUUACCACAAGAAAGCUCCUCUGCACUUUUGGUUCAAGUCUGUGUUAAAGCUGCUGCAUUUUGGGUCCCAUCUUCAACUCCACACGUCCGCCACCCCGGACACGACAGAAAAUGAGGAUGGAGAAGAGGAUGAUGAGGAUAUGGAUGAAGAUGAUGUAUGGGCAGAUAAAUGGGAAGAUAAAGAAGCUACACAGAUUUCUAUCUCUUCUUCUGAAGAAGAGAGUGAGGAAGAUCAUGUUAAAGAUAUAGAUGACGAUGGAGAAGAGGAAGAUGAGGAUAUAGAUGCAGUUGAUGUCGGUAACGAUGAGCCUAGCACUGAGGAAGAUGAGGAUGAAGAAGAUGAUAAUGAUGAGGAUGAGACUGUGCCUGCUGUUGCCUCUAACCAUACUGGCAGCAGUGGUAUCAAAGCGAGUGUAACACCUAUGAUGAAAGAAGUAAAGGGUAUUGUUAACAUCCCUCCUGAGGCAAGACAGAUUAUUUUAUUUAAAUGA